GGAUGGAGGAAUACAAGGAUACCCUCCAAAAUUAUCACAGGGACUGGAGCUCGGAACUGGUGGCAGGUCACACUCUGCGAAAGGCUGGAAGAAGCAGGUCCUGUUCACGUGAAAAAAAAGAGAAGGGGAAAAAAUACUUAGUACAGUCAUUAGGUUACACAAAAGACAUGGUGACGGACUUUGAUGAGAAACAUGAUGAGUAUUUAAUAUUGCUUCAGCAGAGAAACCGGAUUUUAAAACAUUUGAAAACCAAGGACCCCAUGCAACUAAGACUAGAGCACUUAGAACAAGGAUUUUCUGUUUAUGUCAAUGGAGCUAAUUCAGAGCUAAAAACCUCUCCACGAAAGGCCAUUCUUCCAGAUUUCCCCAGAAGUGCUUCACAUGCAGAAGGGGCACAUGAUUCUGGAAGAAGACCUUUAUUUAGAGAAACAGAAGAAACACUAAGACGUGGUUCACGGACAGCACCUUGCAAAGUUCAGCGCAAAGGAUGGCAUCAGAAGUCUGUACAAAUUAGAACUGAAGCUGGACCUCGACUCUAUCUUGACCCCCCUCCUGACUUUGCUGAGGACUUUGAAAAAAAUCAGAAUGUGGACAUCAAAACAAAGGAUUUUCCUAUUGAUUUUUCCCAGAAUCCUGAGUAUCCCACCAACAGCACUCCCUGUGAUUUUAAUUUCUCCCUUCUGAAUACACAUGGACAAUCAGACCCCCACAGUGAUGCAGACAAAGAAAGGAUACUUUUAACUAUUCAUGAUGUAAUGGAACUAAGAAAAAGCUUGGAGCUUAGUGUAAAUCUACAGAAAAAAGAAAAAGACCAUCCCAAUGAAGAUUAUGACUCUAUUGAAGAGGACUUAUUCACAGAACAUUUGCCAGAGGAUAAGAUUCUAGACUCUUCUGGAGAAGACCUUCCUCUCUCUGGAAGUGACUCUAUCCUGGAGGAAGCUCCCAAGCUGGAAGAGGAGGCAAAGGGAUUCAAUACUGAAUGCUCAGACACACUCAUUGUACUGGAAUUUAACCCAGCUUCCAAAAAUAAAAGGGAAAGAAAUCUGUCUGCCAAGCGCAAGGAGAAUGCUGAGCUCUUUAUUCCAUCCAAGCCAGGCACAGCCCAAGGUCGAGGAGAUCGCCAGCUUUGUACUGCUUUACAGGACCAAGAGAAAUCCUACUCUAGACCAGGAAGCCGAAAAGAGAGGCCACUGUCUGCUACACGAAAGAAUACAUGUAAGGAUGAAGACCCAGAAGAAGAUGCCUCAGCUGUUCUCAGAGCUAUACAAGUUGAAAAUGAAACCUUACAAAAGGAAAUCCUUAGCAGAAAGGCAGAAACUCUUGCUAGCCAGCAAAAGGAAGAGGAGGAUAUACCAGUGAAACCUUGGGCUAGUCUUCUGAAGAAAGUGGAAGAAGUCCCUUUUCCUGCCCUUGAAGUGCCUCCUCCUGACCUUUCCACAGCCAGUGUUGUAUCUGAGCUAUCUGAAACCACAGGAGGUGCAAAUGCAGUCACGGAAGCAAUAGAAAGAAUUGGUCUUCUGGGAAGCAGGCAACAGAAAAAGCUUCUGAAAGUCCUUCAGGCCAUUGAAAACGACCCUGCCCAUCUCAGUCAUAUAGGACCUAAGGACCCUGUAUUGGAUCUUGAGGAUUCAUUGAGAACCAAAAAAGAAGAGAUCAAAGAUGCCAUUUAUGUGACCAUGGAAAUUCUGUCCAAUUGGGGAAAUGAGGUCUGUGUGGGUCUGACAGAAGUUGAAUUCUUUGACCUUAACAAUGAAAAGGUGUUUGUGUCACCUCAUGAUGUGGAUAUCCGAAAUACUGACAAGCCUGGGGACCUGAGCUACCUCGUCAAUAGAAAUCUGGCUUGCUCUAGGUGGGAGAACCAAAAAAGGAUAUCAUCAGAAAAAUCUGGGAAAAGAGAAAGUUCAAGAAGGGGGAAUGAAAAAGUACCUAAAACUAUCAAGGUUAAGAAAAAGGGAAGAAAAGACCAUUGGAUUUGGCAAAUACUUUUGAGAAGACAGUUUCCAAAGAGUGAUGGGGAAAGGAUCGAAAGAAGCAUUGUAGAGGCUGAUACUGACGCCAAAGUCGUGCACGUGCUCUUGGAUGGCCAAUGCAUCUCUCCACCAGCAGGCUUCCUCAUCCGCAAAGGGCCAGGCCACUGUCACUUUGAUUUUGCUCAAGAAAUUCUCUUCAUCGACUAUUUACAGCCCCAGACAGCGACAAAACCAUCACAGAGGGCUGAUUUAAAGAGCACAGAGCAAGCUAGUAUGGACUAUGAAGCCCCAUUAAUGCCAUGUGGCUUCAUUUUCCAGUUUCAGCUUCUCACCAGCUGGGGAGAUCCAUAUUACAUUGGCCUGAAUGGACUGGAGCUGUAUAAUGAACAUGGAGAAAGAAUUCCUUUGACUGAAAACAAUAUUGCCGCUUUCCCAGACAGUGUGAAUACCCUGGAGGGAGUCUGUGGAGAUGUCCGAACUCCAGACAAGCUCAUUGACCAAGUGAAUGACACCAGUGAUGGCAGACACAUGUGGCUGGCCCCAAUUCUCCCUGGCUUGGUGAAUCGGGUUUACGUGAUCUUUGAUCUGCCUACUACCGUGUCUAUGAUCAAAUUGUGGAAUUAUGCAAAAACUCCCCAUCGAGGAGUAAAAGAAUUUGGACUUCUUGUUGAUGACUUGUUAGUGUACAAUGGAAUCCUGGACAUGGUCAGCCAUGUGGUUCAUGGCAUCUUGCCUACCUGUGAUCCCAUAGUCCCCUACCACACCAUUCUCUUUACGGAGGACGAGGAGAUUUGCCAUCGAGAGAAGUAUACCAUUAUCAGUAAUCAUGUUGAAGAUCAGGAUGUCCGGAUGAUGAAUGAAAAUCAAAUAGUUACCAACUCCAAAAAGAAACAAACGACUGCUGACCCAGCUUUACGCCCCAAGACCUGCAUAAGCGAGAAAGAAUCGGUGAGGAGGAGAAGGUACUGACAGGUUGAGGAGAGAAAACAGUGUGGUCUAGCCAGCUCUUUGCUUUGACACUCCAGGACUCCCCCCAGCAGAGAUCCUUCCACUCACAGGCCAGGGGAAGGUUUUUUGACUGAUGUGAAAUUCAGGGCACGUGUUGUCCUCCCUUUGCAUUUGGGUCUGAUACUUUGCCAACUGGGAAUCCAGAGGAGAUGUGAACUGAGUUCCAGUUAACACCACCAUCAAGAGGGGGCUGAGAAAACAGUCAGUAUGUAUUGGAGUCUGUUUGGGGAUGGGGGAGAAGAGAUUCAGAGGUUAAAUUGCUUGGAAAAAAAUACAGGCAUUGCUGGAUACAAACCAAGAGGACAAAGGGCCAUUUGAACUGUAUUUUUCUAAUGGAUUUUGGGUUUUGUUGUUGUUGUUGUUUUGUUUUACUUGCCAUUCUACCAAAUUCUUCUCCUGCUCUCUCUGAGCCCUCUCCUGGGUACCUUGUUAGGCUCAGGCAGCUGCAGGAAAAGCCAGUUUAAAAUCUGUAAUGGGAAAUUGGUCUACAGGGGAAGAGCCUGAUGUAGAAAGAAAAAAAAAGAACCAAUAUGAAUAAGAGAGCAUCUCACCCCAAGCAUGUGGUCCAACCCUCAGAGCGUGAGUUCAGUAGUUAUCAGAAAGAGGCUGGGGCCACAGCCAAGGGCCAGCUCCUUGCUGGUGGAGAUGGCCACAGCUGCUCAUUCUUUAGGUGGGGAGGGACUUUAAAAUUGCUGGAGGAAACUGUCCAUCCCUACUCUUCCUCUGAGGUCCAGUGUGGAAGACAUAUGUAAUCAGGUAGAGGAUGUAACCAUUAUUGUUAAGUUUACUCCCCAUUUCAUUUUUUGCGGGACAGUUUGGGGGCAGAGAAUGGAACAUCUCAUGCUCAUACCUAUGGAAAUAUUCAUUUAGAGCAUCUAUUUUAUGCAAACUCUCAUCUUUGUACCAUUCUGCCCAAAUUCUUGGUGGAAGAGUAUCCCUGGGAUAGGUGUCUCUAAAAGUGAAAUGCAUCUCCAGACUUCCUAUGCAUGCACAUGUGUGUGCGUGUGUGUGUAGUUACACACACACACGCAUGCACACACACACACACAAUUCUUAGGUCUUGACUCUCUUUUAACUCUGUAGGCCAGGAUAUAAAAAGUGCAUGAUGUUAGAUGUCAUGCAGAAAGGGAAAUUCUGUCCCUUUCUUUAAAGCAGAUCAAAGAGGAAAUCCUGGAGGCUGCCUGGGUCUCCAUAUUUCCUUGAACUUGGAACUUUGAAAUUUGACCCUGAACAAAAGCUGGUUUUGCCUUGGCCUGGGGUGAGGAGAGAGCUGGAGGCCACAUUUGCCUUCUAGAACCCAAUCCAGCUACCUAGUUUAUGUGUAUCCAGAAAGAGGAUGGUCCAUUGCUGCAGAGGUUCCCCAAACACAAUUCAAUAGAUUGAAUCAAAAGCAAAGUUCCUCUCAAAGGGGAAGCCCAAGGUUAGUGACAGCACAACCCUGGAGAGGUGAACUGAGAUCCAGGGAAGCUGCAGAUCGGCCAGGUUCGAUUCCCCAGUGCUGUUCCCGUGGGGCAGGACGGAGCACCUUGAAGUCAGAUUCCUGGGGUGUGAAGGUCAUUUGCUUUCAGCACUUCCCUCAAGAAGUGAGAUGUUGCUGUCUCGUUAACUGCUGCCUCAGUCCCCUCUGCUUUGACCUAUGUGAAGGCUUACCCCCCAUAUUGCUUCCCUGUGGGCUCCCUGAAGGAUAAGCAUUUGGAAGCAUUUAGCCUGGGAGUCUUGGGCCCUUCAGGUGUAAUGGUCCCGGCUGCUGCUGCUGCCAGCUCCAGCUUACCAGCACACUGGGUACUUCCACUCCCCCACUCCCCACCCCCAGUGGGGAACAAGUGAGCCUUAACCCCUGGGCCAUGAGCUGUUCAAAAUACAUCUACUUCCAUCUAUAUACCAAGUUCUUAUCAGGGAACUAAUUGGUUUCCCAGUGGUGGGUAAUUUCUUGUUCCAAAUAUUAAUCUGUUGUUUUUCUGGCGCCCAGCCCGGAGACAGCCUAUGUACUGUAAGUAUGUUACUAUGCAACAGAAAACCUGAACAAAUAUUUUAUAAGAUUUGCAGAUUAAACGUAAGCAGCUAUGCAAAUGUGCUUUCCAUUUGUAACUUGUGCAUGAUAUUAAGAUCAGGAUUUGCCCCUCCUAACUAAGAUUUAUCAUUUACCCAGCUUGUAAAAAGCCCAGCUUUCUGCUGUUGGUGAAUGCUUCUGAUGUGUGAGAUAGCAGACGAACUGUCCUUCAUGGCCAAGCUCUUACAAGAGGGAAAAAUGGAAAGAAGGUCAGAUGCAGCUUGUAGGUUAGCAUUCCAAAACCCUAUUGAGAAUUACAGGCAUCUGACAAAACUACAGGGGGAAAAAAAAACCCAACCCCUGACCAACCUAACACUGAUGUCAUUUGUAUAAGUCAGAAUUGUCUGUGUAAAUGCACUUGCACACACACACACACACACACACACACACAGAGUCUGUCUUUGCUGAUAUUGCUAUAACUGUAUGGACCAUACCAGGCUAGAAAAGGAUUGUACAGACAUUCAGCUUCAAAGAGAUUUAUAUUUUUUUUCCCAAAGUCAAUAAAAUAUGUUCUAAAAA